AUGGGCAAGGUCUGGAGCGGCUUCCUCCGCGAUCUGCGCUUCCUCCGCGUGCUCAUCGACGUGGCGUCGCACGGCAACGCGCUCGCCAAGAAGAACCGCCCGGGCGGUUGGACGUUUAUCGACUUUUGGGCCGCCGCCGUCGACCAGCGGCUGGACAUGCCGCUCGUCGAGGUCGAGCUGCCAUCGCCAUCGCCGACGCUGCCGCACGAGGCGCGACCAACCAAAGUCUACUCGUACCGCGAGUUUGACGCGGUGACGAACCAAAUCGCCCGCGCCAGCCAUGGCGUCGGGUUGCAACAGCACGCGACGGCUGCGCUCCUUCUUCCCAACGGCGUGCUCUUUCCCUUGCUCAUCAUUGCGAUGGCCAAGAUUGGCGUGACCUCUGCGCUCCUCAACCCAUCGAUCCAAGGCAACCACCUCGUGCACGCGCUGGACGUGUGCCACGCCACGCACGUCAUUUGCACGUCGGCCACGGCGCACAUUUACCUCGCGCUUCCCGACGACAUUCGCGCCCGCGUCCCGUGCGUGUGCUUGGACGAUUUGACGCCGUCCCAUGAUGACGCGCCCGUGCUGGCGUACACUGCCGCGUCGUCGUCGCCGCUCGAUGCGAGCAACCGCGACCGCGUCACGCUCACGGACACGCUCGUGCAUAUCUUUACAAGUGGCACAACGGGCUUGCCAAAAGCCGCCAAAAUGAACCAUUUACGCUGGUAUGGCGCCGGGUACCUCUACAUGCGCUACUGCCGCGUGACAGCGAGGGACCGCAUCUACACGGCGCUGCCACUCUACCACGGGUCGGCGCUGCUCGCCUUUUGCCUCGCGCUGCACACCGGUGCCGUCCAGCUCAUCAAGCCCAAGUUCUCCGCGUCCCAGUUCUGGCCCGACUGCGUGCACUGGAAGGCGACAGUGGUUCAGUACAUUGGCGAAACCUGCCGGUUCCUCUGCCAGACGCCACCGCAGGCGACCGACGUGGCCCAUACUGUGCGUCUUGCGAUUGGCAACGGCCUCCGCAAGGACGUCUGGGUCACGUUCCAAGAGCGGUUCCACGUGCCCAAGAUCAUUGAGUUUUACACCGCGACCGAGAGUAAUGCUGGCUUGAUCAACACGGAAGGCCACGUCGGCGCGGUCGGCUGUCUCUCGCCGCUGGUCAAGCGCCUGUACCCGCUCAAGAUCGUUCGCUACGACCCGGUGACACAGUCGGUCAUGCGGGAUGCGCGCGGUCGCUGCAUCCCCGUCAACAAUAACGAGCCCGGGGAGCUCAUUGCGCUCAUUGACAACUCGCAUGUGCUCCGACGAUUCGAUGGCUACUCGGACGCCGCUGCCACCGAAGCCAAGAUUCUGCGCAAUGUGUUCCAGGAAGGCGACACGUACUUUCGGUCGGGUGAUUUGCUCGAGGUGGACGAGGACGGCUUUGUCUACUUUGUCGAGCGCAUCGGCGACACCUUUCGCUGGAAGGGCGAAAACGUGAGCACGACUGAGGUCGCUUCGGCGAUCACUGCCUGCGCGUCCGUGCUUGAAGCCGUCGUCUAUGGCGUCGUUGUGCCGCACAUGGAUGGCAAGGCCGGCAUGGCACUCCUCCGGAUCGCACCAGACGACGACCCAGAGACCCGUGUCGUGCAUUUGUAUGCGCAGCUACAGGCGAUGCAGGUUGCCCGCUUCAAGUGGCCGCUAUUUGUCCGCGUCACGACGCGUCCGCUGCCGACGACGACGACGCACAAGUACCAGACGUAUGAGCUCGCAAUCGACGGCUUCAACCCGCAAACGGUGACCGACGGCGAUGUGAUAUUUGUUAUGGAGCGAACCAACAACAUCACGCGCGUCACCGACACCGAGUACGCCAAGCUCUGCGCUGGCGACUACAAGCUCUAGGGACACGAGCCAAGCGACCUACGCGACGCCUGCACAAGUGCUCUUUGAACAAUCACUCAUUCAUGCGACGCCAGAGCAAUUAUGGAUGCUCCGUGCUUCAUUCUAAAAGUGCA